AAGGAGGAAUUCACUUUGAAAGAAGAAACAGGAAGUUCGUGGAGAGGAAACUUCACGGAGGAGCCUCGGACGCUCAAGUCUCGGUUUAAAAACACCGUUAAAAAAAAGUUUUAGGUUAUUUAAAGGUGUCGUGGGAGAGUUUAUCCGGCGAAGGACUUGGUUAAUACAACAACAUGGACACCGAUCCGGAGCUGGGCGGAGUGGAGGGAGCGCCGGAGCCCCAGGAUAAGGUCCAGGCCCUGAGGGACCAGGUGGACGGAGUCAAGAGCAUCAUGACGGAGAACGUGGACCGGAUCCUGGCUCGAGGAGAGCGGCUGGACGACCUGAUGGGCAAAUCGGAGGAUCUGCAGGCAGGGGCGCAGCACUUCAAGCAGACGUCGCAGAAAGUGGCGCGGGCCUACUGGUGGAAGAACGUCAAGCUGAUCGUGGUGAUCGUGGUGGUGGUGGUGGUCAUCCUGCUCAUCAUCGUCCUGCUGGCCACCGGGGUCAUUCCCGUCAGCCAGCCUGUGCCCCCCAUCGUCAAUCCCACCGGCAAACCCAAACCCUGAAGCCGAGCCCCGUGUACAGACGCCGCUGCGCCGCCGCCAAUCCGCUGUAGCACACAGUCAUGUAUAGAAACACAGAGGCGCCGUCUCACUUCUCAUCUGUCACUUUCAGGUUUCUUUGGGUUUCAGGCACUUUAUCUUCCAGCUCGGACGCCUUCGCUGCAGAACGGCUCCGAGUGCUUGGCCGACACAAACCUUUCACCACGUAGCGGUUAUUUCACAGCAGCAAAGAGGAAGUAGCUCCAACGACCGGAGAUGCAGUGAAGACAGAAGUCCUUCAGCUUCUUUCGUCGAAGCUCAUGUUCUCUCUCUUCUUUUAUUUUAUUUAACCUCAGUAAUCUAAACAAAAUCGCACCACAUGACGUUUUAAUGAUUGAUGCGGGGUUGAAAUGGUUCUGUUGGAUUAAUAUGUUACCAUUCGUGUCCUUGAAGCGCCUCGAGUGUCUUUACUCGAAGUGAUUCGCUACAGAGGAUCUUCUGUUACUGGAGAUCAAUCGAGCAUGUUUGGAUUGAUCAGGAAAUACUUUAAUCGGCUCACACUCUAAACUCCGGCACGCCAUUAAACCAACCCGCCAGCAAAGCUGUUCACACUAAUGUUGGCAAAGGAUCAACUGAGCAGGAGGAGCAACGUCCCGUCUCCUCCUGUCUGCCGUUACACAGUCCAGUCAGCUUCAGGAGGCUCAGCUCUCCUGGUGUAAAUAGAGCAUCCUGCUGUGUGUGUGUGUGUGUGAGUGUAUAUUUCCCCUGUUAAUAAAAGUGUCUUGUUCAACAUUCACCUCUUCCUGUCCCUGAUGAUGGUUUCUGUGUAAAGUCCUCAUCCAAACUGAUUGAUUACUGCCACUAAUCUUUUUUAGAUGAAGGUAUAGAAUGGAUGAGCAGCGUUGGAACAAACAUUACUGUAUUUUUCUUUUCUUUUUUUUUUAAUAUAUAUACUUAAAUGUUUCUGGGAUGCAGUAGUUUCUCGUGUUCUUUCCUAUUUUCCUCCUGAUCUAAACUCCUGCACGCUUCUGUAAUCUGAAUGUUCUCUUUCCUCGUGACUUUUGUUAUUGAAGGGUUUUAUCGAUCUUACUUGAAAUAAAUUUUCACCUGAG